AUGACUGCUAUCGAGGAAAUGGCUGGGAUGGAUGUUCUUCGCAGUGACAAAACAGGAACUCUGACCCUGAACAAGCUUACUGGAAAUUUUCCUUUUAUAAACGUGUUAACGGUUUACUCUUGCAACUUCGGUUUGAUUAGUCCCCUGUUUUUGCAGUCUGCUCUGGAACAUCUGGCACCUGCUAAUUAUAUCAAAAUUCCAACCGACAUAAAUGAAUACAAUAAAGGAUGUAGGUUCCUCCCAAAGCUUAACAACGAAUUACAUAGGAAUUCGGCUUACAAGGAGCGGUUUGCUAGCUUGCAGGGCUUGGUGCUUAUCAUGUUCGAGAAUGAUACAAUACUGGUGCCCAAAGAGACAUCUUGGUUUGGGUAUUUUCCAGAUAGUUCCUGGACUCCUGUUUUGCCUGCACAAGAGACAACCCUCUACACUGAAGAUCGGAUUGGUUUGAAAUCCUUGGAUGAAGCUGGGAAGGUGAAGUUUGUAAAAGUUUCUGGCGGUCAUCUUGAAAUUUCGUAUAGCGCCAUGAAAGAACACAUAUUACCAUACUUGGUGGAAAAUGCAACUACUAGACUCAUUAUAUCAUCAGAAUCAUCUCAUAUUUGGCCCUGGUCUGAGCACGAGGGAGAGAGGCUGCAGCUCUACACUGCAAAUUGAUCAAGGAUUCAAUUUGUAAAAAUUACACGAAAAAUCAGUGAAAAAAAUUAAUUAAAAAAAAUGGAGAAGAUGGGUUGGCUAUUAUAUUUAUGCAUUAAAUUCUGGGAUGAAUAUAAUAUACUCUAAAGAAACAUAUUAGUAAGAAAAUAAAUUGAUUUGUUGGUUACUUUCA